CGUGUGUUGUCCUGCCUAACGGAUUAAUUAGUGCAUGCCAUAUAUCUAGGCAAUCAUAAUAUUUGCCAUACAUACAGACAUGAAAGGCGAGUGAUUGAUAUUGAUCUGAGUAUAUAAACAAACAAUCUACUCGUUCACCUCGAUCUACUCCAACCACGACCAGUCCACCACCACCACCGACACCAAUUCGAUGACCACGACGACCAGCAAGCGGAGACAGGCCAUGGCGACCUGCAGCCAUCUGCUCCUGGCGCUCGUCGUCGUUGCCGCCGCCGUUGAUUCCACCGCGGCGUUCGAUCAGGAUCACACGCCGUUCAAGCCGAUCCCGGACCUCUCCGUCCCGCGCAUCCAGGAGCUCGGCCGAUGGGCCGUGCAGCAGCACAAUGAUCAGACGGGCGACCGCCUGACGUUCACCAGAGUGAACGGCGGGCAGUUCCAGAUUGUGGCGCCGGCGCUCAACUACCUGCUUGACAUUGACGCGACCAACGUCCACGGCACGGCCAGCACGCACACCGCCCUCAUCUUCGUGCAGUACUGGACCAACACGCAACGGCUCGACUCUUUCAACUGAUCCAACCAGUGACAUAUGUACCGAUCGCGCUG